AUGGCUAUUGUAAAAAGAGGGGCCAGAUCUAAAGCCAAGCAACAGCAAGCUCCAGUCAAAAUUAAUGGUGGUUCUGCUAAUAUUCAAAAAGCUGAGUUCGAUAUUACUAAAAAGAAAGAAGUUGGAGUUUCUGAUUUAACACUUCUAUCCAAAAUCACUGAUGAUGCAAUUAAUGAGAAUUUAUAUAAAAGAUUUAUGAAUGAUACAAUUUAUACAUAUAUCGGUCAUGUUUUGAUCUCAGUCAAUCCUUUCAAAGAUUUAGGAAUAUAUACGAUGGAAAAUUUGAAUAAAUAUAAAGGAAGAAAUAGAUUAGAAGUUCCACCACAUGUUUUUGCAAUUGCUGAGUCUAUGUACUAUCAUUUGAAAUCAUAUGGGGAAAAUCAAUGUGUGAUUAUUUCAGGAGAAUCAGGUGCUGGUAAAACAGAAGCAGCUAAACAAAUUAUGCAAUACAUAGCUAAUGUUUCAGUAAAUCAAGAAAAUACAAACAUUUCAAAAAUCAAAGAUAUGGUUUUAGCAACAAAUCCUUUGUUGGAAUCAUUUGGAUGUGCCAAGACUUUAAGGAAUAAUAAUUCAAGUAGACAUGGGAAAUAUCUUGAAAUUAAAUUUGAUGAAAGUUCUUAUCAGCCAGUUGCAGCUCAUAUAACAAAUUAUUUAUUAGAAAAACAAAGAGUUGUAUCUCAAAUCACCAAUGAAAGAAACUUCCAUAUUUUUUAUCAAUUCACAAAAAAUUGCCCCCCACAAUAUCAACAACAGUUUGGAAUUCAAGGUCCAGAAACAUAUGUGUAUACUUCAGCAGCAAAAUGUAUAUCUGUUGAUGGUAUUGAUGAUAGGAAAGAUUUUCAAGAUACAUUAAAUGCAAUGAAUAUAAUAGGUUUAACUCAACCUGAACAAGAUAACAUAUUUAGAAUGUUGGCUCUGAUAUUAUGGAUAGGUAAUAUAUCGUUUGUUGAAGAUGAAAGUGGUAAUGCGGCAAUCCGUGAUGAUAGUGUUACAAAUUUUGUAGCUUAUCUUUUGGAUGUUAAUCCUGAAAUUUUGAAAAAAUCAAUCAUUGAAAAAACUAUUGAAACAUCUCAUGGUAUGAAAAGAGGUUCAACCUAUCAUGUCCCAUUAAAUAUCGUUCAAGCAACAGCUGUGCGUGAUGCAUUAGCAAAAGGAAUAUAUAACAAUCUAUUUGAAUGGAUCGUUGAAAGAGUUAAUAAAUCAUUAAGUGGUGGUCAACAAUCUUCAAAAUCUGUUGGUAUUCUUGAUAUUUAUGGAUUCGAAAUUUUCGAACAUAAUUCAUUUGAACAAAUAUGUAUUAACUAUGUUAAUGAAAAACUACAACAAAUUUUUAUUCAAUUAACUUUAAAAGCAGAACAAGAUGAAUACGUUCAAGAACAGAUCAAAUGGACUCCAAUUGAUUACUUUAAUAAUAAGGUUGUUUGUGAUUUGAUUGAAGCUACAAGACCACAGCCCGGUUUGUUUGCUGCUUUAAAUGAUUCCAUUAAAACAGCUCAUGCUGACUCUGAUGCUGCUGAUCAAGUGUUUGCACAAAGAUUAAGUAUGGUUGGUGCUAGCAAUCGACAUUUUGAGGACAGAAGGGGCAAAUUCAUUAUAAAACAUUAUGCUGGUGAUGUUACAUACGACGUUGCAGGUAUGACAGAUAAAAAUAAGGAUGCGAUGUUACGUGAUCUUUUGGAAAUGUUGGAAACAUCAUCUAACUCAUUUGUCAAUCAAACUUUAUUUCCACCAGAAUUACUUUCAGCUUUAGUCGAUUCUAGGAAAAGACCAGAAACCAUGUCAGAUAAGAUCAAAAAAAGUGCUAACGAAUUGGUUGAUACCUUAUCGCAAUGUACCCCUUCUUAUAUUAGAACAAUUAAACCAAAUCAAACUAAGAAACCUCAUGAUUAUGACAAUCAACAAGUUUUACAUCAAAUAAAAUAUUUGGGUCUUAAAGAAAAUGUUCGUAUUAGAAGAGCUGGAUUUGCUUAUCGUUCAACUUUUCAAAGGUUUGUUCAAAGAUUUUAUUUAUUAUCUCCUGCUACUGGAUAUGCUGGUGAUUACAUUUGGCAAGGUGAUGAAUUAACGGCAGUCAAACAAAUAUUGAGUUCUUGUCAUAUCCCAGCUUCUGAAUUCCAAUUAGGUACUACAAAAGUUUUUAUCAAAACUCCAGAGACAUUGUUUGCCUUAGAGGAUAUGAGAGACAAAUACUGGCACAAUAUGGCUGCAAGAAUUCAAAGAGCAUGGCGAAGAUAUAUUAAAAGGAAAGACGAUGCAGCUAAAGUCAUACAACAUGCUUGGAGAAUUAAAAAACAUGGUAAUCAAUUUGAGCAAUUACGUGAUUAUGGAAAUACAUUAUUACAAGGUAGGAAAGAACGUAGAAGAUUGUCCAUGUUAGGUUCAAGAGCUUUUAUGGGUGACUAUUUGGGUUGUGGCGAUAGGAGUGGUUACGGUAAAUUUAUUGUCAAUACUGUUGGUAUUAAUGAACCUAUUGUUUUUUCGGAAAAAGGUGAGAUUUUAUUAUCAAAAUUCGGUAGAUCUUCAAAACGAUUACCACGAAUUUUCAUAUUGACCAAAUCUAAUUUUUAUGUUAUUGCGGAAGUGUUAGUAGAGAAGAGAUUACAAUUACAAAAGGAGUUCACUAUUCCAAUUCGAUCAAUCGCUAGUGUCGGGCUUUCGAUCUACCAAGAUAAUUGGGUUGCUGUUUGCUUAUCAUCCCCUACACCUACAACACCUGAUAUUUUCAUAAAUAUGGAUUUGAAAACGGAAUUUAUUACACAUCUUAAAAAACUAAAUCCAGGUUUGACGAUUAGUAUUGGCCCAACGGUACAAUAUCAAAAAAAACCUGGUAAAUAUCAUACCGUGAAAUUCAUGAUUGGUUCUGGUCCACAAGUUCCAUCCAAGUCAGACUUAUAUAAGUCCGGAACAGUAACCGUAAAUCAAGGUUUACCUCCUACAAGUCAAAAUCCAAAAAGACCAAGAGCUAAAUCAGGAAAAGUCGAUUAUUCAAAAUACUACGAUAGAAGGACUGAAAGAAGAACUGCUCCAACAUAUAACCAACCUACUGCUUCAACUAUUCAUCUGGCAAAGUCUACAUAUGCAACUCCUCAGUAUCCGCAAUCAUCUCAUCCCAAGCCAUCUAAUCAAUUUUCUCAACAAUCAACAUCACAAGUUCAAUCUAAUACUCACCAACCUCAACAAGUUGCUCAUCAACCACUGACACAUAAGACUCCUUCGUCAUCUCCAAAUAUGCAAGUCGCAGCUGCUCAAGCAGCAUUGGGUAAAACUCAUAUCAGCCAUCAACCUACGACACCAAAGAAACCUGUAGCACCAUCUAGACCUGCUAAAAAAAUUGCUCCUCAACCACCAGCAAAGAAAGCAGUUUCACCACAACCACCUGCCAAAAAAGCUGCACCCGCUCCUCCUCCUCCUCCACCUACUUUAUCAAAACCUAAAUAUCCAACUUAUAAAGCAAUGUAUGAUUAUGAUGGAUCUGUUCAAGGGUCAAUACCACUUGUUAAAGAUACAACUUAUUACGUCACACAAAUAAAUGGAAAAUGGGGACUAGUCAAAACAAUGGAUGAAGCAAAAGAAGGUUGGUCUCCUAUUGAUUAUUUACAAGAAAUUUCAUCGAACUUGAUUUCAAACAAUCUAACCCAAUCAAGUUCCAUCAAUUCAAACUCAAUUAGCUCAACUUCUGGAGCAACUGACACUACACAAGCUUCGACUGUUCUGAAUGGUGGAGGUUCAUUGGGUAAUGGCUUGGCUGAUGCAUUGAAAGCAAAAAAGACUGAGGAAACUACUUUGGCAGGGUCUUUAGCUGAUGCAUUGAAAAAAAGACAAGAUGCAACGCGAAGUGAUGAUGAAGAAGAAGAUGAUGAUGAUGAUUGGUGA